GCUUGCCCAAAUCCUUUCAAACAAGGUUCCCUCCUGCCACCUGCCGGCCCACUAGGGUCUGCGCCUAGGAGUUGACGCCGCCGCGCAGCUCGCCGGGAGGAGCCCCCGCCUCCUUACUGCACAUGCCCGGCAGAAGUCCGGGCGCGCAACUUUGCAGAACCUCUCCACCCGUCUCUCCGCUCCUCAGUCUCCUCUCUCCUCUCGCAGACGAGAGGACCUGCGGAGGCAUCUCUCCCGAGUCUUAGACUGCAGAGUCUGAGACUUCGAGAGAGGAGCCCGGGAGGAGAUAGACUUUUCCUCCCCUUUCUCCAUCCCUUCCUUUUGCUCAGAGAGGCGAGCAGAGGCGCGGAGCUUUAGAAAGUUGAGUUGUCAGAACGGUAGGUGCUUCCCUUUUUGCCCUUACACCGAGGCAGGGCUGGGACCUCCGGACCCAGCUUCUCACCUCGUAAGGUGCACCUUUUUCGGCUCUAGCCGCCAAUGCGCACCGGAGCCACUCUCUGCAGAGCCAGAGGGUGGGUCGGCUUCUCGGCGUGUGCCUAAGAGAAUGGAUCGCAGGUCCCGGGCUCACUGGCGCCGAGCUCGCCACAGUUACAACGAUCUGUGCCCACCCAUUGGCCGCCGGGCAGCUGCCGCGCUCCUCUGGCUCUCCUGCUCCAUCGCGCUCCUCCGCGCCCUUGCCACCUCCAACGCCCGCGCCCAGCGCGCAGCUGCCCAGCAGCGCCGGAGCUUUCUUAACGCCCACCACCGCUCCGCAGCCCAGGUGAUCCCCGAGCCCUCCGAUUCUGACACCGAUCAGGAGGAGGCAGACCAAGACCUGUCCCUCCCCGACUGCCCAGAGUACGAGGAGGAGUUCGACUACGAAUCCGAGACCGACACCGAGUCUGAUAUUGAGUCCGACACCGACUUCGACACCGAGACGGAGACCGCCCCCACCACUGAGCCCGAGACCGAGCCCGAGGACGAGCGCGGCCCCGUGGUGCCCAAGCAGAGCACCUUCAGCCAAUCUCUCACCGAGCGUCUCCAAGCUCUGAGGCUGCGGAGCCCCGACGCCUCCCCGAGUCGCGCGCAGUCCAGCACUCAGGAGCCCGGGAGCCCCAGAGAGGGGGAGGAGCCUGAGCCCGAGGACAAGGAUCCGAGGGACCCCGAAGAGUCUGAGGAGCCAAAGAAGGAGAAGCUGCAGCAGAGUCGCUGCAAGCCCAGAAAGCCCACCCGCCGCGACCCAUCCCCGGAGUCCCCUUCCAAAAGGGGUCCCAUCCCCAUCCGGCGUCACUAAUGGAGGACACGGUCCAGAUUCUCCUUGUUUUCUUUGAUUCAGGUUGGUUGCCCACCGUGGAACUGGGAAGCCUGGGGUCGGUGUGGGAGCAGCGGGAGGAAGGGAAGGAGAAGGAAGGACAGGUUGGAAAGUCAGGUUAGGAAGAAGGCGGGAAGAGAGUGGGCUCAGCUGGCUAGCCCGGGAAGUGGGAGUCCAGGAGAGCCUUCCAGGGCGCCAGAGGACGCCUGCAUGACCAAAGGCUUGUUAGACGGCACGGGUGCUCCUUGCACCCCGCUGGAGACAGCCUUAAGUCUCCGAGCUGGUGUCCAGGACGCACGACUGAACCCCGGACGCACCCCCAGAUUUCUAAAUGCACACCCAAAAGGCAUGGGUAAGUGACUUGUUUUCUGCAUUUUUCCGCUCUUAUGGAUACUAAUCUCAAACCAGUUGACUUUAGCGGGCGCCGGAUAUGUGGUUCGGAGGCGCGCGCGCCAACUUUCACAAAGCCAGAGCAGCCGCGCUGUAGCGACACUGUUGCAAUGUGAGAAAAGUAAUCAGACCGGGAUUGGGUGAGAA